CGCGUGUCACUGAAACCACUGCCCACUCAUAAAGCUCUCUCUCUCUAGAAAUAUAACACUAAAAGCCAAUAGAGACAGAGCGAAAGCAGCAGCAGCAGAGGAACCCAAGCUCAGUAGCACAAGCUGAAGCUGAAGAAGCGCUUCCAGAAUAAGCCGGCAAUGACUCUGUUGCGAAAUUCGUGAAUUGUCUCGGGGUUGAUUUUGGCCUAGGAAUUGACACCACGUGCUAUUGGGAGUGGUUAUUUGUCGAAAUUUCAGAUUACUCGGCUGAGUGAGUUGUAGUAGCUGAAGAUGAGUUGGAAUCCGCAUAUGGGAAUGGGAGUUCAUUACCCCUACAACUGCUGUCCUUAUAGCAAUGCCGGAAGCUUUAUGGACUAUUUUGAAGGCCUCACGUAUGAACAUGUGAACUUUAUUUUUUCUGGGGAUUCACAUGCUCAGGAGAGCACUUACCCAUCAAUGAACACGAACUAUUACAAGUUUGGGCUAACUGAACCUGGGAAUACUUCAUAUUACGAUCUUGGUUUUCGUCAUUCCUAUGAGUUCAAUGAUCCUGUCGGACGAAGUGGUGAUGAAACAAGGCCUUUGCAGCACUCUUCGAUUCUUAAUGAACAGAAUGUGGCAAGGGAUCCACUAUGCGAAGGAAUUGCAAACACUUCCACAUGUGACAACCCCAGAGAAUCCCUUCAGAGAUACCAGAACUCCCAGGAUUAUCAGGUUAUUUUGGAAGACAAUAUUGACCCUGAUAGCAUGACUUAUGAGGAAUUACUAGAAUUAGGUGAGGCAGUUGGAACUGAAAGCCGAGGUCUUUCCCAAGAUCUGCUUUCUUUGCUUCCAAUCUCAAAGUACAAGUGCAGCUUUUUCUCAAGAAAGAAAUCACGAUGUGAGAGGUGUGUAAUCUGCCAGAUGGAAUAUAAACGAGGGGACCGGCAGAUCACUCUACCUUGCAAACACCUCUAUCAUGCUGGAUGUGGUACCAGAUGGCUUAGUAUGAACAAGGCUUGCCCAAUAUGCUACACUGAGGUAUUUGGUAAUGGAUCGACGAGCAAAAAGUAAUUCCAACUUUUAUAAUGAGGAGCCUUCAUAUAUUGUUCUUUGCUUUUCAAAUUUGGUUUAUAUAGGGUUGUGUUUUCUUCUAUUUGUCCACGCUGUUUGUAGAAGCACUUGGUCGGGG